AUGUCCUCCGCGGGCAGCACUGCUCGGCGGGCGGGCUCGGGAAGCUGGCACUCAGAAAGGGGAGAAGGGAGAGGGGCUCGGCCGCAGCCAGCUCCACUUGGCUCCAUGCAGCGGGAGAACAAAGUCUCCUUGAAGGCCACCUGGACUGACGAAGAGUCCAAGCAGCCUAGCCCGCCCCUGCCGGGCCUCGCCGACAGCCUUCGAGCACAGGCUACUGCCCUCGCCACGCCCCCCACUCCCGCCUGCCUCGCUCACCCGCCCUGCGCUGCUAACCCCAGUCCCAGCGAGAAGUCCGACCAGACAGCGAUCCACCAGACGGCGAUCCGGAGCUACUAUCAGCUGAUCGCGGCCGCUGUGGGCAACGUGGAAUGGCUGCGGUUCUGUCUGAACCAGAGCCUCGGGGAAAUCCCCACCAACAACAAGGGCUUCACUGCCAUCCACUUCGCAGCCCAACGGGGCAAGCUUGCAUGCCUGCAGGUCCUGGUAGAAGAGUACAAGUUUCCCGUGGACCUGCUGACCAAUAAUAGCCAGACCCCCCUGCACCUCGUCAUCCACAGGGACAACACUAGUGUGGCCCUCCCCUGCAUCUACUACCUGCUGGAGAAAGGGGCAGCCCUCAAUGUUCAGACCUGCAACGGCUCCACGCCCCUGCACCUGGCAGCCCGAGAGGGCCUGCUAGACUGUGUGAAGGUCCUAGUGCAGAGUGGUGCCAAUGUCCAUGCCCAAGAUGCUAUGGGCUACAAACCCAUUGACUUCUGCAAAAUAUGGAACCACCGUGCCUGUGCCCGGUUCUUGAAGGAUGCCAUGUGGAAAAAGGACAAGAAGGAUUUUGCCCGUGAGAUGGGGAAAAUGAAGACAUUCAAGAGCCAGCUGGCUCUCAUGGAGCACAACUACCUGAUUGAGUAUCAAAAAGAGCACAAAAUUCUCAAAGAAGCUGCUAUCAGAAAGUGGCUCCACGGCAAGCUGCACCCAGGCCACUCUCUGGUCUCUAACACCAAGCAAGCCCAGGCCACCGCCCUCUCCAAGACCCCAGAGCAACGGAGAUCGCAGUGUUCCAGGAGCUUCCACCCCUCUGUGGAGGCGCGCCUGCAAUCCAUGCCACAGCCCACAGAGAUGCCCAAGCCCAUCUACAGGAAGCUCACGGUCAAGCGGCCGAUGAUGUGGAAUGUUAGCAACAACCCUGCCAGAUCCCCCAUCACCCAGAUCAGCCAUCCACAGGGCAUCCGCCUGGGCGUGCAUCCAGACCCCAGCCCGGAGCACGACUUCAGCAGCUUCCUGGAGGUGACACCUGAUGGGCACGGAGGUGCGCGGCUGCACACAGUGGAUGGCCACUGGGUGGCACCAGUGCCACGGCUGCCUUUUGAAGUGAUACUCCGCACGCUAUAUCCACGUGUGCGGCCUUACAGAAUGAAGGUGCCCCAGGGAUUUUACCCCAUCAGCAUGAGGGAAGUGCCCCGGAAGAGGCACCUGGGUGAUGACACCUUCUGGACCGACACUCUGACCAUGAACCUGCGUGACACAUUUGAUGAAGCCUUCCUGGCAGCUGUGCGAUCUCAUCAAGGGCUCCCUGUCUCUCCCUGCCUGCAAACCCACCCAUAA